GAUUAUUCGGAAAUUAUCGGAAUCAGGAUCAGAUUCAAGGAGAUAUUCAUAAAUUGUUUCAUUCAGUUUAGCUGAGCAGAUGACUGGCUCCAGAAAGAAUUUAUGAGAUACAUUAUCUAAUUCACCAACCUCCACUUAUGAUAAAUUCACUUAAAAUAAGCAGGAAGAUACAGGGCUUUUGGGCCAUAUACAAAAAAAUAAAGAAUUUUUUCAUCUAUUUUUCCUGCAAACUUCACAAUAACGAUAUUUUUUAAUUGUCUUGAUGUCAUUCAUUGUGAAUUGAGAGGAGAGAUGCAUUAUGUCUCUUAUAAUAUAUUACGGGCCUUAUGAGACAAAUGGUUUGAUUAAGCAUAAGGCUGAUAGGCUUCAUGGGCUAUUAAGCGAAUUAAGCAGGCUCAGUUUCCACAUCGAAUUAAUCCCAACGAAGCAUCUCGAACGUCUCACAAUAGAAAUGAGAAAUCGGGAGAUCUUCAGAUGUAACAUAAAGUACCUCAAAUACAAUAUGGAUUACGAGGAUGAUCCUAUGGCCCAAAAAAUUGUAGCCGCGGUCCAAGAGGCCCAUUCGCGAAUCUACAACGAAUCCAACAUUCCAAGGUAUUUCGUCAACAAAUGGGGAAUGAGGGGAGUCCAGAACAUCCAGAGAGGACUCACUCCGAAGGAUAUAUUAGCACCCAGUAUUGAGCUGAUCAGUGAAAUACGCGAUCCAAAGGAACACCGACGAAGAGUGUGAGGAAAACAACGAAAAAGAAUUAUUUUGUUUGAUUUUUCGAUAUUUCAGUAAACGUUUUGCAAUAAAAUCUUCAGGUAA